ACGCAGCCAGCUGUCAGGUGACUGAUCGAUAUCUACUGGUGUUUUCAUCGUUACGCGCCUGCUUCGAUUAAUUGGGUGUUGUUGUUCGAUCGAGCCGUCGUCGUCGUCGUCUUGGUCCAUCCUCGUCCACAGCAUCAUCACGAAAUGACGAAACCUCCGAACGAUAAUCUUCCGACCGUCAAACUGGUGGUCGUCGGUGAUGGUGGUGUUGGUAAAAGUGCCAUCACCAUUCAGUUCUUCCAGAAGCUCUUCGUCACCGACUACGAUCCAACCAUAGAGGACAGUUAUUUGCAGCAUGUGGACGUCGAUGGUCAAUGGUGCAUCUUGGAUGUGCUGGACACUGCCGGACAGGAGGAGUUCAGCGCCAUGAGGGAACAGUACAUGAGAAAAGGUGAUGGUUUCCUUCUGGUCUACUCCGUCACUGAUAAGAACAGCUACGAGCACAUACCACAUUUCCACACCCAGAUAUUGAGAGUCAAAGACAGGGAUGUUUAUCCAAUGCUCUUGGUGGCCAACAAAGUGGAUCUGGUACAUCUGCGCAAGGUGACUGAGGAGCAGGGAAGAGAACUUGCCCACAAAUUGGGCAUACCUUACAUCGAGACAAGUGCCAAAGAUCCACCACUUAACAUUGACGCCACUUUCCACGAGGUGGUGAGAAUUGUCCGAAAUGAGGCAGCCACUAAGGACAAGAAGAGGCGCAAGUUCAGACAGAUCAAGAAGAAGAUGGAGAAUUGCGUGAUCAUUUGAAGGGGCCAACGUCCUCUGUUUGAAUGGCACUAACAAACAAACAAACAACAAAAAAAAAGCUAAUUUAUGUCUAUUGUCUUGUCUGUCUCUAUUUCUGUCUAUCGAUUCGCACACACACAACUCAAUGUUUCAUAUAUUUACCAAAGCCACAGGAAACUACACUUCAUACUAUAUUUAUAUACAAAAACAAAACUAAUUAAGGAUACAGAAGAGAAAACAAAAUAUAUUUGGACCCGUGUCGUAGCAACGACAAUAAGCGAAACAAUAUAUGUCUGAUGGUGACGUUGGAUACCAAAGAUUUGUUCUUGACAAUUGUUUUUUUUUAGGACCAAAAUUUGCUCAUCAUACGGAAAUUUUGAAUCGUAAGGCCUAAAAAUGAAUGAAAG